AUGCAUUUUUCUCAGAUGUUGGUGGCAUUUGCCACCGCUCUCAUGAUUUCUAAUGUGACUGCGCAAAGUACACCAACAGCCGCAGAAGCUCUGGCCAAGGCAAAGAAGCUAUACCCAGAAUGUGCACUCGUCUGCCUUACAAAGCUUGUGCCAACAUCAGGCUGUAAACUUACAGAUACUACAUGCCUCUGUACCAACGUCGAGCUUAAUGCAGGGCUUAGCACCUGCGUCCAGCAAGGCUGCAAUUUUGAAGAUGCACUCAAAACCAAGAAUGGCUCUGCGACCAUGUGCGGUCUUCCAGUGCGGGAUGAAAGGCUCAAACCACCCCUCGUCGCCGGUGUUGGCUUCGGACUAGCUUUCAUUGUCUAUGUUCUCCGACUUUGCUCUGCCAUGCCUGGAUCUGGACGCGAACUGAGCUGGGAUGAUUGGACGAUUACAGCUUGCGUCAUCCUCACUAUUCCACCUACCGUCUUCGCAUUCACAUUGUCGGACAAUGGCCUGGGAAAAGAUAUUUGGACGUUACCCCUGAAGAACAUUGAGAAUGUGCUCUUUUAUUACUUUCUCGGCGAACUUUUCUAUUUUGCAGCUCAGACCAUGAACAAGAUCUCCAUUUUACUCUUCCUUCACCGUGUCUUCUCGCACAAUAACGUCGGUAAAGGAAUCUGGGUCACUAUAGGCCUCUGUUUGGCCUACGCUGUUGCAUUUAUUUUUGCUACACUCUUCCAAUGUUGGCCGAUCAAUCACGCAUGGUUGCAAUUAGAGGAGGACCAUCUUGGUCGCUGCAACAACAUUCACCUCCAGGGAUGGCUGAGUGCAGCAUUCAACAUCGUGCUGGACCUCAUCAUCCUAAUACUGCCACUGCACCAGCUGUACCUGUUGCAGAUGCCGCUCAAGAAAAAGCUGAUGGUCAUGGGUGUCAUCUCUAUGGGAGUCUUCGUCACAAUCGCCAGUAUCAUCCGUCUUCAUACCCUCGUCACCUUUGCGAGCUCCCAAAAUAUCACUUAUGACUAUGUAGAUGCCGCUUACUGGAGUACUAUCGAACUCUAUGCAGGCAUCAUCACGGCAUCUCUCCCCGCAGUCUACAAACUCUUCUCCACCAUUCGCUCGAAGGCGCCUUCGCUGUCAACGGCAAAGGCUAAAUUGGUGGGAGGCUCCUCCAGCUAUGGAAGCUCAAAAUCCGGAGGAACCACGGUGUCAGGUUCGAGUACUAUCGCACACCGUCUCUCCGGGAAGCGAUCAGAGGCUGAGUUCAUCCUUCUCACGGACGUGGAAAGUGCCAAGGGUCAGAGAUGGACCUAG